AUGUUCCGACGCACCUUCUCCCGUAUUACUCGCAUGGACUCCACAAUGCCCUAUGGGGCCUACGUCAGACCGCUCCUGGAGUACGCCAACCAAGUUGUCUACUCAGGACGCACCAAAGACGUCGCCCUCAUUGAGCGUGUUCAGCGAACCGCUACGACAAUGGUUGCCAGGCUCAAAUCCGUGGACUACGAAACGUGUCUCGCCAUGCUUGAUCUCUUUCCCCUGGAGUACCGUCGCCCCCGAGGUGAUCGAAUUCUUACUCAUGCCCUGUUUGAACAAAGCUUGGCAAACAGGCUUUUUACCGUUGACCCAGCAAACACAAGCUCAGAGCACACACAUUCAUUAAAGAAUUUUUUUCUCAUUUCAGAAUGUUUGAGAAUCCUCAGCAGUGAGGGUCAUUUGUACAUUUUACGGACCUUCGACAUUCUGUUCAGUGUUUUACAUGAGUGGACCGGGGCUCCUACAGACCUGAAGGAAGAAGCCUGGGAACUCGUGUUAAAAGGCUGUGAAGUUUGUGUCCACCAGCUGUCUUCGUUACUGGAAUCUGAAGAUUCGGGUACUUUGACUUAUGAUCGGGUCAAACUGGCUGCGAAUCGAAAUGCUUUGCGGAUGCAUGUGUAUCUGCUUUGUCAGUAUGUGGACAUGUUUGAGAACGACCUGAACCAACAGACCAAAUCCACGACGGCUACCAAGAUCGGCACCAAGAAAACUCGAUGUGGUGGCGCUGGACGUGGGCGUCGUCAUUCACCCACACGUCCAGGUCCAGGCGACAGUGAACUCUCCAUGGACUGGAAUAUUCAGUGUGAGAAGGCCGUGACCAUUCUGGAUCAGCUUUGUCGUCUUCAACUGAACAAACUGUGGGAUCCACCAGUGGCGGAAGAAGACUUCAUCAACCUACCAGCAAACUGUUGCUACAAGCUGCUUGAAAACCGAUCAGUGGCGAGCAGCGCCAGUGUGCGCACUGCAAUGACCAGUCUACUUGCCAGUCUGGUGCGACGGUAUGGCCAUUCGAUUGCGUGCUCUGUGAAAUUGACCCAAUUGCUGCAGUGCCAUCCUCAUAUGGUCAAUUGUCUCCUUUCUUUCGUUCGUUCAUUCAUGGAGGAAGAGAAUUUAGGUGGUGUCGUUCGUGAACUUCUCAAGGAAAUCUGCAGUUAUAGCGGCGCAGAUCUGGAACGUGAUGCUCAGACCACUCAGAACUUCUCUGCUUUUCUGCUGGAAGUGGCUAGUGCGUAUCCGAAUCUCGGACAAUCAAUGUUACCUCUUCUACGAUCCCACUUAGACGAAGAUCCCUAUCAAAUGCGCAACUGUGUUCUUGGAGUUAUAGGUGAGGUAUUACCCUCUUUUGCUCGCCGCGAAAAUUUGGAUCCGAAAGAGUCGGUACAGCGGGACCGACUAAUGGACCUGUUGCAAGAGCACAUCCAUGACGUCAAUGGGUAUGUCCGUGCCAAGGCGCUGCAAAUUUGGCAUGCGAUUGUAUCUACUCGAGGAUUGCCAGUUCGUCGUCAAUCUCAGCUGGCUGCUCUGCUCGUUGGUCCCUCGGGUGCGAUGCGGGAUGUGUCCAGUCUGGCACGGCGCUACGCUUGCAAAACGCUAACAGCCAUGGUGUUACAGUGUCCUGCCAUGAAGCUAACUCCAGCUGAGCUUCAGCAAGUUCUCCUCAAGGAAACAAAGCGCCUUGAAGGUCUGGAGGAACUUCUCUGUAAAGUUUGCCCGUACGAAGAGACAGAAGAACCUGAGGGACCUGCCCCAAGUAAUGGAAAUGAACCAGUCUCCAACUCAAAGCGAAAGAAUGGAAAAAAGCACAAGAAGCAGAUACACCAUACGGAUGGGACGGACGUUAGUCAGGAAGAAAACGAGGGUGGAUUGUCUGACAGUGAAGACGAUGCCUCAGAUGCAGCCAACUCUUCGGCUGAAGAGAACGAUAGCGUUCAAGAAAACUUGGAAUGCCCUUCGCCCGUAGAUGGUGCUGAGUCGGAUGCAGCGGCGGCUUUAGAAGCGGCCAUCCACUCAGCUGCAGCCAUAGCAUCCCAUACUCCUCAGGACGGGCGUAGUCCAUUGAGAUCAACAACCGUUGCUCACAGUGAACUCUCAGCUGAAGUUAUGCGACAACGGGCUUGUGUUGCCUAUCUUCGAGAGACUUCGGCGUUCUCCUCACUCAUUCAGUUGGCGAUUCAGGACUUUCAGUUGAUGCUGGCUUCAAAAACUCUAACUGAUGUGACCGAAGCUAUUGAGUUUUUUGUGACCGCCAAACACGCAGGCGUUCGUGGCUUGGAGGCUGGCAUUCAACAAAUUUUCAUUCAGAUUUGGUCACAGGAUGAACCCAUUAGAAAAGCUGUUGUUGAAGCGUUCCAGUAUGUCAUUAAUCUCAUGAAGCUUUAUCUCCAGGUGGAUCCUGAUGAGCCUUUGGGUCCAAAAGCCGAACUAACGACCGGGACAGCUGACAUCAUCGUGACCAACCUGAGUCAAUUCCUGCAUACGGCAGAUAUGGGAAGUAUGGUGAGUAUGGAGCGUAUCAUUCAGGAACUGAUACAUUCCGAACUAUUCAAUCCCAGAAUGAGCUCACAUUUCUGGCGCCGUUUCAUAUCCUCUGCCAAAGAAGACACGCCAUCGGGUCGGGAGGAUGCCAAAUCCAUGCUUCUCAUCUUGAAAAUGAUCGUCAAAGAUCCUUUGCAAACAAACCAUUUUUGUCAUUUUCUCUCUCACAGGAAGCUUUAUCUCCAGGUGGAUCCUGAUGAGCCUUUGGGUCCAAAAGCCGAACUAACGACCGGGACAGCUGACAUCAUCGUGACCAACCUGAGUCAAUUCCUGCAUACGGCAGAUAUGGGAAGUAUGGUGAGUAUGGAGCGUAUCAUUCAGGAACUGAUACAUUCCGAACUAUUCAAUCCCAGAAUGAGCUCACAUUUCUGGCGCCGUUUCAUAUCCUCUGCCAAAGAAGACACGCCAUCGGGUCGGGAGGAUGCCAAAUCCAUGCUUCUCAUCUUGAAAAUGAUCGUCAAAUCGGGGCCCAAAAGUUUUGACAGCCACCUAGACACACUCAUUCAAUACGGUUUGGACCUUGCAAAAGAGCCUCAUAAAGUGGAUCUAGAACGUGUGAAAUUCACUUGUGAUGUGUUGCAACGAAUGGUCCCUAAACCCAAAGCCGACAAGUCAGGCAAUCGAAGUAAAACAACCAGCGAGCCAUUCCGUCUUCCCACGAAUCAUCUUCUGUUCUCACGACUUCGAUCCAUCCUGGUGUCUACUUUGACACAAGCACAGCAGAGCAUGUGGAUUCCAAUGAUGGAACAGGCCAUUGGUGCUAUCUACGACCUCGCAGAAUCCCCCGACACACUGACCCUGAAUCUUAUCAGCUCGGCUGCGGAGAAAUUGCUGCGUCAGACGACGGAGAAAGCUGCUCAGGUGACGCACUCCUCGGAAGAGGGUAGUGCGCCCAUAUCAACCGACGUGGCAAAAGUAGGGGAUGAAGAAAUUCCUAAUCUGCUGCAACAGAUUAAAGAAGAUCCAGAGAAAUUCACUCAACCAGUUGCACUAGCGUGCCCGUCGUUCUGUUUAUCCCGGUUUAUGGCUCUUGCUGGGCAUGCUUGUCUAAAGCAACUUGUGCACCUGGAAUUCGCUGUACUCAAUGAAUUGAAACGUCGUGCUGCACUCAAGGAGGAUGCUGAUGCCAAGUCUAAGCGAAAGUCACGUAAAAAUGCCCGUCAGUCGCGGCUAUCUACUGCCUCAUUCAUGCACGCAUCUACCGUGAGUGGCCCGAACGGAACGAGCCGAAAUGCGGUACCGGAUGAUCCUUGUGGUUUGGUAGGAGUGGCGGCCGAUGACGCCGAAGCUGACUACAUUCGCCACAUCUGUGACAACGAACUGCUGACGGCACCAAAUCACUUCUUUUACCCACUUCUCAAUCUGGUCACCCACGUCUGUUCCAGUCCAGUCCGUUAUGCAAACGAGAAUGUUCAGGCAUCAGCUAGUUUGGCUCUGGCCAAAAUGAUGCUCGUUAAUUCGGAAGUGUGUGAACCUCGUCUUCAGCUUCUUUUCACCAUGGCUGAGAAAAGCCAGUCAGAAGUGGUGCGUGCAAAUCUCAUCGUAGCUUUAGGAGAUUUGUGUCGGCGUUUUCCUAAUCUACUUGAACCGUGGACGCCAAAUAUGUAUGCCCGCCUCCGAGAUAGCUCAGCCAAAGUGCGAACGAAUGCGUUGAACACUCUCAGCCAUUUGAUCCUCAAUGAUAUGGUCAAGGUUAAGGGACAGAUCAGUGAAAUGACAGUUUGUCUAGUCGAUGAGAUUGAUCGGCUCAACGUACUUGCCCGACAAUUUUUCACGGAGCUGGCUCAAAAGGGGACGGCGCUCUACAAUGUUGUGCCCGACAUUAUCAGUCGUCUAAGCGAUCCGGACGUUGGUGUUAGUGAGGACCACUUUCACUCCAUCGUCGAAUUUCUUCUGCCGCUUAUUGGAAGAGAACGCUUAUGUGAAACUCUCGUGGAGAAGAUAUGUGCUCGCUUCCGUUCGACCAGGACUCAACGCCAGUGGCGUGACUUGGCCUAUUGUCUAACCGUUAUUUCCUUCAAUGAGCGCACAAUGCGAGUUCUGUACGAAAAUAUUAUAGCCUUUGCGGAUAAGCUUUGCGUUCCUGAAGUGUAUUCUGCUUUUGACCUGCUCAUUACCAAUGCCAAGAAGUUCACCAAACCGGAUGGUCUGGCCAGACUGGAAGAAUUCGAGUCCAAAGUUAAGGAGUUUCAUGAAAAAGGUGUAUCUGAUGAAGCCGCGGUUCAUCGAGCAGAAAUGGCUGCAAAGACGGCGAGACGUAAAGGCCGAUUUUCCAGCCCUACUGGUGAAUCAAUUCGUCGUAAUUUGCGUCGGGCCACUCGCACCACUGCCCCGGUAAUUCGAAGCGAUGCAGAGGAGGAGGAGACCGAUAAAGACUCGCAAGCACAACAGCCACCUCAAACCGAAGGUACCUCUAGUAGAUCAACGCGUUCCCGUGCCGCUUCUAAGAGACAAAAGAAACGUCGCGCAGCACGUGCUGCGUUCAGCUCAGAUGAGGAGGACGAUGACCCGGACCGCUCUGAUGUAGAGGAAGAUUGAACACUUAUUCAAAAGUUUUAUCACCCUGUCUCUUUGUGUAUUUUUUUAGUUUAUCUCCAGAUUGAUGUUCAGUUUUUCUGUCUCUACGUAAAAUCAAAUGUUAAUAUCCCACUCUGUACGUUCUUCUCCAGAAAAACAUAUUGUG